AUGACCCUGAAGUAUCUCAUCACUGGUGCCACUGGCGGCCUAGGGCAGCACGUCUUGAACUACUUUGUCGAAAAUAUCCCUUCCUGCGACUUUGCCGCUGCCUCAUCCAACCCCAAUAACAAAAAGCUAUUUGAACAUCGCGGAAUCGCUUUCCGUCAUGUUGACUACGAUGACCAUCAAUCACUCGAAACCGGAUUACGUGACGUCGAUAACUUGCUGAUUAUCAGUACUAGUGGUGCGAGCAGAAGCGAGCAGCAUGCCAGGGUCAUAACUGCCGCUAAGACAGCUGGAGUGAAGCAUGUGUGGUAUACCUCCUUUGUCUUUGGUGGGUUCUCAGACGACUCCAAGACUCCAGUACAGCAGGACCAUCUUUUCACUGAAAGACUGCUUAAAGAGUCUGGUCUUACAUUUACCUCAAUCCGAGAAGGCAUAUACGCGGAAUGCUUUACCUUUUUCCUUGACUGGUAUCCUGAAAGAACAACAGUGACGCUGCCGGGAGACGGAGAGAUAGCAUUUACCCGACGUGCAGAACUUGGUGAAGCUACCGCGCGAAUCAUGAUACGUGGUGGAUAUGAGAAUCAAGUCGUCAUGUUCACUGCAGAGGAAACAAUCACUGCCAAAGAAAUAGUGGACAUUAUUAACGAGACUACUGGUCGGCAGGCCAAGCUAAAGGUAACCUCACGGGAGGAGUACCUGGGCUCCAGUGAGGUGCAUGACCAGCGCGGAAAGUCGAAGGAGUACUUCCAGAUGAUUGCAACACUAUGGGAUGAGAUUCCAAGCGGCGCCCUGCGCACAACACAUCCGUUGAUGCGUGAGAUUCUGGGAAGAGAGCCUACUACGCCUCGGGAUGCUAUCCAAAAGCUGUUGACGGAGGAUAGGGAUUAUGUGUUCAUUUAUUGA